CACGUACACACAGCUUAGCUAGUGAAGAAGCUCAAGGGAGAGAGCUGUGUUGCGAUUGCCGGCCGGCCAUGGCGGGCGAGCAGCUCAACGUGCUGAAGGCGCUGGACGCGGCCAAGACGCAAUGGUACCAUUUCAUGGCCAUCGUGAUCGCCGGCAUGGGCUUCUUCACCGACGCCUACGACCUCUUCUGCAUCGCGCUAGUGACCAAGCUGCUGGGCCGCAUCUACUACACGGACCCCUCCAGCCCGAACCCCGGCAACCUGCCGCCCAACGUGUCGGCUGCCGUGACCGGCGUGGCCCUCUGCGGCACGCUGGCCGGUCAGCUCUUCUUCGGGUGGCUCGGCGACAAGCUGGGCCGCAAGAGCGUCUACGGCUUCACCCUCAUCCUCAUGGUGCUCUGCUCCAUCGCCUCGGGACUCUCCUUCGGCCACACCCCCAAGUCCGUCAUCGGCUCGCUCUGCUUCUUCCGCUUCUGGCUCGGCUUCGGCGUCGGCGGCGACUACCCGCUCUCGGCCACCAUCAUGUCCGAGUACGCCAACAAGAAGACCCGUGGCACAUUCAUCGCCGCCGUCUUCGCCAUGCAGGGCUUCGGCAUCCUCUUCGGCACCAUCGUCACCAUCAUCGUCUCCGCCGCGUUCCGGCACGCGUUCCCGGCCCCGGCUUACUUCAUUGACCCCGUGGCGUCCAUCGGCCCGGAGGCCGACUACGUGUGGCGGAUCAUCCUCAUGUUCGGCACCAUCCCGGCCGCGCUCACAUACUACUGGCGGAUGAAGAUGCCCGAGACGGCGCGGUACACGGCGCUGAUCGCGCGCAACACGAAGCAGGCCACGGCCGACAUGUCCAAGGUGCUCAACAAGGACAUCACGGAGGAAGAGGACCGCGUCGUGGAGCGGCAGGCGGUGGCCGGGGACACCUGGGGACUCUUCUCGCGGCAGUUCAUGCGGCGCCACGGGUGGCACCUGCUGGCCACCACGAGCACCUGGUUCCUCCUCGACGUGGCCUUCUACAGCCAGAACCUGUUCCAGAAGGACAUCUUCACCAAGGUCGGCUGGAUCCCGCCGGCCAGGACCAUGAACGCCAUGGAGGAGCUCUACCGCAUCGCGCGAGCCCAGGCGCUCAUCGCGCUCUGCGGGACAGUCCCGGGUUACUGGUUCACCGUGGCCUUCAUCGACGUCAUCGGCAGGUUCUGGAUCCAGCUGAUGGGGUUCGCCAUGAUGACCGUCUUCAUGCUGGCCAUCGCGGCGCCGUAUAACCACUGGGUGCAGCCGGCAAACCACACGGGCUUCGUCGUGCUCUACGGGCUCACCUUCUUCUUCGCAAACUUCGGGCCCAACAGCACGACAUUCAUCGUGCCGGCCGAGAUCUUCCCGGCAAGGCUCCGGUCGACGUGCCAUGGCGUUUCCGCCGCGGCGGGCAAGGCCGGGGCGAUUAUUGGGGCGUUUGGGUUCCUCUACGCGGCGCAGGACCCGGAGAAGCCUGACGCUGGGUACUCGCGCGGGAUUGGCAUCCGGGCCGCGCUCUUCGUGCUCGCGGGGACGAAUUUCCUGGGAAUGUUGCUGUCGCUGCUGGUGCCGGAGUCCAAGGGCAGGUCGCUCGAGGAGAUCUCCAAGGAGAACUUCGGCGACGAGGAGGACGCCGUUGCCCCGGUCGGUGUCUAGACUCACCAGACACACAUAUCAAGGAUCCGUCCGACCGAGUUAUAUCUACACGUGCAUGGUUUGGUGUGUUUGUUUUUGCUUUGCCGUAUGUGGCCGCUAGCUUUCUGAAUUGGUUCGUGUGGCUUGCCGUUUGCGUUUAAAUUUCCACACACUUGUUUCUUUGAUUUUUCCCGUAAGUAAAGUACUCCGGAGUUGCGUUUGUACUGGUGUGGAUCAUGUCUUUCUUGAAAGAAAAUUUGCAGAAACGGGAAUUUGAUAUGGGGAAUA